UGAGCAAGCGGGAUUCCUACUUCCUUGGCAGAAACUCAAGAGUCACAGAAACUAAGAAUGAUGACCAGAGAUGGCACAGACAAUUUUGUGAUUCCGAAAUAAGGAAGGGCAGUCCAGCUCUGGACACAGGAAUGACCUCCUGACAUGGCUGGGCCCCUAUCUCUCCUGGAUUCAAUGCAGGACUGUGACCAGCACCCCGCCCCCCUUAGACCAAGGGGAAUGAGCAGGAGCGAUAGCUCUAGACCCCCUCAGCCCUACCAGGCCCUGAUUCCCAUUGCUGGUCACUGUGUCUGAUAACAAGCCCCACCCUAUGAGCCCCCUCCCCUCUACCAACCAGUGGCCAUAGCCUGUCAGGGCCCCUGACUUUGUAUAUAUAAGGGGACACUGGAGACAAGCACAUCAGGCCAGCUCUGAGUGCAUUCAGCUCCAGCACAACCUCCAGCCCUCACCACCACCGCCAUGUCUCUGAUGAAGAACGAGCGAGCUAUCAUCAUGUCCAUGUGGGACAAGAUGGCUGCGCAGGCCGAGGCCAUCGGCACCGAGACUCUGGAGAGGCUCUUCUGCAGCUACCCCCAGACGAAGACCUACUUCCCGCACUUCGACCUGCACCACGGGUCGCAGCAGCUGCGUGCCCACGGCUCCAAGAUCUUGGCUGCCAUAGGCGACGCGGUUAAGAACAUCGACAACCUCUCCGGUGCUCUGACCAAGCUGAGUGAGCUGCACGCCUACAUCCUGCGUGUGGACCCAGUCAACUUUAAGCUCCUGUCUCACUGUCUGCUGGUCACCCUGGCUGCACGCUUCCCGGCCGACUUCACCGCUGAGGUCCAUGAAGCCUGGGACAAGUUCAUGUCUAUCCUGUCUUCCGUCCUGACUGAGAAGUACCGCUAAGCGCCACCGUCCGGACUCCCAGACGGGCUACGACCCCUCUCCUACCCUUAACUGAACACCCCCACUCAGAGAUCUUUCCCGUAGCCCCCAAUAAAUGGUUGAAGACGGAAA